CCCAAAAGGAUGCAGAACUUACGACGCUGGCAAAAAUCAACACGCAUCAUCUUUCAACUGCCAACCUUUCCCGUAGUGUCGGGUCCAUUCGUUUGGCUAUCCACAAUAGCACCAGAUAAUGGCUACAGCUCAUUAACGAGCAAUGAAUAGCUUCUGUGCACGUUUUGCUUGCUUCUCUCGAAUUCUUGAUAUAAUUAUCUUAACAGCGCCAUUGUUCACCCACGCGGCGCCAGAGUGCGACCUCACCACCGUCAGCCAACAUUAUGUCGGAUCUAUAUCUGAGUAGGAUACGCAGCUGGCUCCGCAGCUCGCCGCCUGUGGAAUGGGCCGCCAAUUGCUUGCGUGAGGCGUUGAUCGGGGCGCUCAGUCAGGGGCCCAUUCCGCGUCACGUAGCAUUCGAGAUGGACGGCAACCGGCGGUAUGCGCGAAGCCACAAAAUCGAGACGGUCGAAGGUCAUCAUCACGGCUUCGAAGCCCUAGCUAGAAUUCUGGAAGUAUGCUAUAAAUGCGGCGUUGAGGUGGUGACCGUCUAUGCUUUCAGUCUCGAGAACUUCCACCGGCCCAAGUACGAGGUUGACGGGCUUAUGCAGCUCGCCAAACUCAAGCUAGAGCAGCUUAUCCAGCAUGGGGAUAUCUUGGAUCGCUACGGUGCGAGCGUCCGGGUAUUGGGACAGCUAGAUAGGAUCCCGCCGGACGUUUUCGAGGUCGUUCAAAGAGCAGUUUCUGCCACCAGGCACAAUACCGAUUGCGUCCUCAACAUCUGCUUUCCGUACACCUCGAGAGAAGAAAUCACCACAGCUAUUCGAACAACGGUGGAGGAGUACUCGACGACGCCUCGGCCUCACAGCACCGCCUUCUCUCAGAGCCGCAUUUACCAGAAGAUCAUGUCGUCGCAGGGUAGGGAAAAUGAUAUCCUUCCAUCGAUCACCGAAACGCCCGUGACACCCCCGGAUCAACCAGACGAUCAAGAUGAGGCCAUUUCGACAUCUAGCACGCUCCAUUCCGGCUCGGCAGGCCAAAAACUGGGGGAGGGAGAGACAGUGGCCAUAUACCCAAACGCAGAAAGCAUCACGCCGGAGACGAUCGAGAGACACAUGUACACGGCUGGCUGCCCUCCGCUUGACAUAUUUGUCAGGACUAGUGGUGUAGAGCGGCUGAGCGACUUCAUGCUCUGGCAGUGCCACCAGGAUACGCGAAUCUUCUUUCUCAAGUGUCUCUGGCCCGAGUUCGACCUGUGGCAUUUCAUCCCUGUGCUAGUCGAGUGGCAGAGGAAGGAGAAGCUGAAAGAGAGAGACGAAGGGCCCCGCCGGCGGGCGAAGCAGGAAUGAUGGCCCUGAUUUCAAUACUUCAGCUGAGGCGAGCUUGAUAUGCGAUGCAGCAUGGCGUUUGGGAACCCAGGUGUUUCUUUGAGUGACAAUGGUUUGGUCUCACCGGCUCACCGGCCGUCUCCAUUUUCUGCGCCAUUCUCAGACGCAUUAUUUUCAUACCAUGAGCGAAUAGCCUAGAGAGGUAUCUAGACGUGGGCGAUUUUAUGAUUUUACUGGCUAUCCUGGUUGGAGCGUUGGGAAGAAGGGUUCAUUCACAUUGUGUGAUGUACUUGCUGCAUGGACAUUGAAGGGUUUCGCACU